CCCCCGCGCUCUACGCCGGCACUCAGUCGCUCGCCGACACUCUCGCUGCUAGUACGCGAGAGCCGCGAUGCAUAUAUAGUCUACGCUUGACGCAUUCAGUCCGUGUGUGUGUGCCCUCCCGUGAUCUGAGGCCGGAGCCCGAUCGAGCCACGUGCAGUGCACCCGGAUCCGCAUCCAGUGCUACUUGGCAGCUUAUCAGCUGUAGCAGGAGUUGCAGACGGUGCACAUUGCGUUGCAAGUGAAUUCGACAACUCGUACGCCGCAGCCGACGGCUCAGCUGACCGGCGUGCCUACGAAGGCCUGCGAACGCACGAGUACCGUCGGUUGUCGUUCCGCGAGCGGCGCAGGCGGCGCGGUGACGGUCGCGAGCGCGAGCGCGGGCGCAGGCGCGGGCGCGUGCGCGGCGCGCAUGGCGAGCGCGGGCGCGCAGUUCCGCGGCGGUACGCAGCAGUGGUCCGCGGCGUAUACGCCGCAGCCCUGCCGCUAUCCGCCGCCGCAACCUCAGCCCUACGCGGCGGCACCGAGCCCUUACACGCAACACCAGACCUUAUUUUUGCAGUUUACGAGUACAACCAUGACUGGCGGUUGCGGAGCGACGGGCACGCGUGUGCCCACUGCAGCAUCACCAGCGAACACGGCGUCGAGCUCGUCGUCCAACUCCGCGGGCGGCACUCGCUCCACUAGCCUUAGCACUGCGCCUCCGCCACCAGCGUCUUCCGCUUCUACCACUGGCGCCUCCGGCGAGCAACUCAGUCGCACCAACCUGUACAUACGCGGUCUAAGCCAGAACACCAGCGACAAGGACCUCGUCCAAAUGUGCCAAAUGUAUGGCAACAUUAUUUCAACAAAAGCAAUAUUGGAUAAAAAUACGAAUAAAUGUAAAGGUUACGGUUUUGUAGAUUUUGAAACAAUCGCGUCUGCGGAGGCUGCUGUUAAAGGAUUACAAGCCAAAGGUGUUCAGGCCCAGAUGGCUAAAGUGGGUAUCUGGUUCCUGCGUAGACUGAACCGUCAACAGGAACAAGAUCCCACCAACCUUUACAUGGCCAACUUGCCACCGCACUUCAAGGAGAAUGAUGUGGACCAACUGUUGGCAAAGUUUGGUCAAGUGGUGUCUACGAGGAUCCUUAGGGAUACCCAUGGACAUAGCAAAGGAGUUGGUUUUGCAAGGAUGGAGUCUAGAGAAAAAUGCGAGCAAAUCAUCCAAAUGUUUAAUGGAAAUCCGAUACCAGGCGCUAAGGAGCCUUUGCUAGUUAAGUUUGCCGAUGGUGGCAAUAAGAAAAAGGCUUUAUAUAAUAAGCAAAAUGAUAAUGGUGGUCGAGCAUGGCGAGACAAUAACGAAUCGAUCACUCAGGCAAUGAGUGUGACCGGCGUGUACGCGAGUGGCGUGGGAGGCGCGGGAGCAGGCGGCGAGUGUGCGGGCGUGUACCGCGGCAGCGGCGUGUACGGCGUAGCGGCGUUCCACCCGCAGCUGCAUCACCACCACCACGCAGCCCACCCCGCGGCCUGGCUGGCGCCGUACGCCGCGCUCAUCCCGCCCGCGCACCCCGCGCACCACGCGCCGCACGCCCCGCACGCGCCGCAUCCCGCACACAUACCAAUCGACACCGUGCCUAGCCAAUACGUAAACUGGGACAGCUUAAGGCCGGAAAAUGAGUUAUACUACUUUACAUCGCACCCGUAUCAAUACUUCACGGGGCCGACUCCACCCAUCAUCCAGAUGCCGAUGGAGAGCGAGCACGCGUCGACGGCAGCGUCGCCCGACGAGGCCUACCAGCCUUACCCGCCUCCCAAGUAGACCAUAAGCCAUGCUACAACAAUUCAUACUGUACACGAGCCAAAAAUCAAAGCAACUGUGACUUUUACAAUGUUAAUUUGUUUUAGUUUUAAUUUGCGGCCGUUAUAGACUUCAUCGAAAGCUACGUGCGCGACGCCUCGCGUCACAUGCGCCCUUAGUUGUUGGGCCUAUUUUUUCUUGGCACUAUUGCCUUGACUAUUUAUUUUUUUCGAUAGGCUUCUUUACGAUCCUCUUGACUUUACGCUGAAUGUGCGAUUCGCUGUGAUGUUUUGAUGAGGUCUUUUGACGGUUCGAGGAGAGGAAUUUGAUAUAUAGAUAUAGCUGCAAUUUUAAAUGUGUUUUUACAUUAUAAUUUUAUUAUUGUUUUAUGAAAAUUUUAAUGUAAGAUUUUAGGGGCAGGUUUUCAACAUGUUGACACGAUUAUUUAAGAUAGUUAGGUAUUUAUUUUAGCAUAGUUUAAUUUGAUUGAAUUUUAAAUUUUUAAAUUUAUUGUCGAAAAGAAAAUUUUAUUAUUUUUUUUAUCACAAAAGUAAUAUAUAACUUGCAGAAUAAUUUAAAAUGAUAUUGAACAAACUAUGUGCAAUCCGGAUUUUCGAAACGUUAUUAGAACCUAUAUUAGAUGAGUAGUUUUUAUAAUUUCUUUGUAACGAAAUCAUAAUUUCCUGAUUUAUAUUGAUAUUUGUAAUAGAAGGAAAGCAAUAUCUGCGCGGUUUAGGGUAGGAAAGUGAACGGAAAAGGUCAUAUCAAAUGGAAACAAAUUUAUAUACUACCAAAUUCUAAAGUAUGAAGGAGCGACUUAUAUGUUAUGGUAAAAAAAGGUUUAUCAUCGUUUAGACGUCGUGCAAAUGAUUAUUCCGAAGAUUGAAAAUCUUUCGAGAAAUUUGUAUUUUUAAAAUACAAAAGAGAUAUCGAUAUAACAAAGAAAACGGCCGAAACAGCUAUUAAAAUAUUUUAAAUUUUCGCUAAGACAUUAAAUAGAUGGCGUAGGUAUUUUUGACCACCACGUGGGACAAUGGUCGUGAUUAUUGUAUGUAUGUAUUUUUUCAAAAUGUGUUUGGCAUGGUGCUUUAGUCGUUUUAUUUGGAAAAUGAUACUAUACAUAUAAACUAUACAGUAUUAUCUACAUUAUUCAUUCAUACUGGUGCAGUCUUCCAAGAAUCGCAAGUACCUAUUUUUAAAGCAUUUUUAGAAAAAAAAAACUAUCGGUUCAUAAUUUCAUUUGAAAUACGGUAACAGCUCCAGGCGCCGUUAAUCUGUGUCACUCGUGGCGCUUAUAAAGUUAGCAUUACAUAGAAUAUAACUCAUCUCAUCUUACUCAUACUAGAGAGAACCACUACUCACUGCUCGCCAUUGUUGUACGCGUUUCUAUCACAACUGUCGCUUUUGUUAUUAAAAAGGAGCUUAAAAGUAUAUUUUCGUAAUUAAAGAUUUUAUUUCGAUCGCAGUACAUAAUAAAUACAAACAUCGUUGCCAAACCCAACUACAGACUGAAUUUAUGUAUACCAUACCAAAACCUCCAGAUAGUUAUUUCUUGAUCCAUGUUUUGAUUCAUACACGAAUAGAGACCCGAGGAACGAAGGCAAUAGUGGUGUAACCGAUGCGUGUGCGCUUGCCGAGUGGUCGGUAGUUACGGUGCGUGCGGCUUGCGACUUGUAACGCCGCAGUGAUGAUACGGCAACAUUAGCAAUAAGCAGUUGUAUGUAAAGUCUAUUUAUACAUUUUACGAGUCUAUACAAAUUUUUGUACGUUAAAACUCAUGUUUGAAAUACGUGAAUAAUGAAGUGAUCCUUUUUUGAGAAUCAUGUACUGAAUCAACUGUAGUUGUUAUUUUUAGGCGGUCGGCACAUUCCACUAGAAAACAUCAAAUAAAAAUUCCACGAUUGAUUUCCACAUUAUAAAUUGUGACGGAUUCGAAAUCCAAAAUAAGAACGCCGUUUUGGCGGAAUUGAGCACAUUUUGUACCAUCACGUAGGUUUUGGGUACACUUUAUGACUUUAUAUAAAAUUUGAUAUUUUUAUAUUGAAUAUAUAUAAAUUAUACAUGGAUAUGUAUACAUGUAUAUACAUUGUUGAUGGGUACGAGUAAAAGCCUACUAUAUCGCAACUGUUUAAUUCUAUUUUGGCACGUCAAGAGUUUCAUCAGAACCAAAAUAUACAAAUCAUUAAAAUCAAGUAAGAAGUAGGGAAAUAUUUAUACAACCCAGGGACUGAAGACUAGUUAAAUGUUUGAUAUAUUAACUGUAUUUUAACUGACGAUUAAGCGGUAACUUCUUUAUUCAAAACCUGUGAACAGACUUAUAUUAAAACAAUACAGGAACUGAAUUAGAUGACAAGACAGGUUUUGAAUGAAUGACGUAGACUUUGAACGAAUUAGUAGAUUUUUUAUUUGUUUCAAUAAUUUUCAGGGAUAGACUUAGAUCGAAUUUUCGACUAACAAAUGAUAAAGUAGAUUUUGAAGAUUAGGAACAGCGUUAUAGAUUUUUGUAUUCUUACCCGUAAUAUAUGUACCUACAUGUCUAACUUCCUUUAGAAGCUCACGACUCAAUAAAAACACCUUUGGUGAACUACACAUAAAUACUUUCAAUUAGCGGACUGACUGUCCUUACAAAACGUAGAUUAUCAAACGUAAAAAGAUACACAUAAGAUUAUCGUUAUGGAAAAUAAUGAAAUUGAGAUUUAUACAAAACAAGUUGAACUGAACAUAAAGAAACUCCAUAGAUCAGUUUUAUACUUGUAUAAUUUCUGAUCAAGCCAAAUAUUAUGAACUGACUAAUACCGCCUUUAUCUCUUGAGAAAUUUAACAACACAAGUGCGAUAACCUGUUACAGACGUCGCGUGGUACUUAGAUAAGUAAUUCGAUCGUUUAGUGUUCGAAGUACGCUGUGGCUUCCUGUAAAAGCAGUCUUCCGAUAGAUAUUUCCGCUUUGCAUUUAUAAAAAGUAUAAAUUAUUUAACUAUUUCCGAACGUUACUUUGUCCCGUUUAUUUUAGUCGUAAACGACUGUAAAAUGUUCCCAUCCUUUUCAGUGUCCAUUAUUAAAGACUAUUUAUUUCAUUCCAACACAGAUUGAUAUUCCCCAGGUAUAGUAAAGAUAAGCUAAUACAAAACACAGAGUAUAGGUGACUAGUAGGGUGUAUAGUGUGUAUAGUAAACACCGUCAAAAGCUAAAUUUCGUGUGAAUUAUUUUUCUAAUGCUUCCUACAAUAUAAGCAAUAAUAAACUUCAUUUGAUGGUAGUGCCUUCAGCUUCGUUUAAAGUAAUGAACAGAAACAAUAUAGCAGUUGCAUAUGUGCUUUACAUGAUAUUUUUACAGGUAAUAAGAGGACUUACCGUAUUCAUAAACGUAGUAAUAAUGUUAACUGUGGUUAAAGUAUUUUGUAUUAAACGACUAAAAGGAAAUAAUGUGGCUGUCUAAUCGUUGCAUUUUUCACACAUGAUGUAAAGAUUGAAUCCUGAAAAUAAAAUUGUAGAUGUUCCUAGUUAGACUCACUUCAACGUUCUUGACAUGUGUGAUCAAUAAAUACGUUACAAUGAGAUUAUCGAUGAGAAUUUGUUAUAUUAUAUAGUGAGAGCUACUCAAACUAAAAGCACAAAAAUGCAUAUUCAGGAACCAAUUCCUAAAUAACAAAACUGCGAUACAACUGAAAUAAAUCAUGUCGAUGAAUAGAAGUGUUAAGUAAAUGUUUUUAAAAAUAAGUCAUUUAGUUUUAAGUGAAUGUUGACUCGUUUUGCAACAGUGAAUAGACAAGCUAACGGAGCGAAGACGAAUUGAAGGCUAGCUUUAGGGUUUAGGCUUAACUAUAGAUAGGUUAGUAUAGCAAAAAAAAUGUUUUGACGCUAAGAUAGAUAGAAUAGAACCCUAGCAUAUUUCCGAGGGAGCGCGACGCGCUGGCGUCCCUUAGCCGACUCUAGGGUACUUUCCUUUGUUAGUUUAUUAAAUAAUUUAAUUUGAAUGGACUGAGGUCGGCGCGGUCGCGGGCGCGUCCUGCUCCCGUAGCGUAAGAGAACUAAGAGAAUUAGUGAACACAAUUUUGAGAUAAGUUUCAGUUGAACAAGUUUGCUUUCACCUCUUUUGUUAUGUAGUUGACUAAGUGUAAAGAAAGAAAACUAAAUGAAAAAAAUCAGUGGGAAGUGUCGAUACGAUUGUAUUUGUCCAAUGUGUAUUAAUAUAGUGUGGUGUUCUACCCAGCAGACUAGUCUAGAUAGUAGAAUAGUUUAGAUAAAAAUUUAGUUAGGUAGCCUAGGAAUACGAAAUGCAAAAAAAUAAAACUUCAUAAAAUGUAAAAAAAAAGAUGAAAUUGUUGGUAAGAAAGAAUAUUUUUAAGGGACAUGUUGCUUCGUUGUGUUAUGAUGUGAGGUUUGGCAUAACUAUGAUAAUAGUGUAAAAGCAUUUCUCGCAGAGAAAAGACAUAGAGGAAAGUUAUGUAUCUAUUUUGUUACAAAGUGUUUGCAAGUUUCUAUAUUGUGCUAUGAGCAUUUUAUGUGACCCGCAUUAUUUAUAGUUAUGCUGAAUGGAGACUAAAAUAAUAUAUAAAUAAUAAAAAAAAAAAAAAACAAAAUGGUACUAAGAAGCGUGUUUUAUUGUGACGAGUCAUGUUCCUUUGCAUUGAACAUAUUUUGUAAGAGCAAAUGAUUGAAAUAAAACAAGCAAAACCAAA